AUGGCUUCGGUAAAAGUCGCUGUAAGGGUUCGCCCGUUCAAUCAAAGAGAGAAAGACAUGAAUGCAAAGUUAAUAGUACAAAUGGAUGGGAAAAAGACAAGAUUGAUGACGGUAAAAAGUAGCAAAGAACAGAACGAUGCGAACCGGGAGAAAUACAAGGACUUCACAUUUGAUCACUCCUACUGGUCGUAUGACAGUGCCGACAGCAACUUUGCUACACAGGAACAGGUAUUCUCAGACCUCGGUUUGGACGUAAUUGACAGCGCAUUCGAGGGAUACAAUGCGUGCGUGUUCGCGUACGGACAGACGGGCAGUGGGAAAACUUUUACUAUGAUGGGAUCACCGGAUUCGCAAGGCCUAAUACCUCGAAUAUGCAGGCAACUAUUCUCUCGAGUCGCAGCAGGCAAAGAAUCCGGUGCAUCCUAUCGUACAGAAGUUAGCUACCUCGAAAUAUAUAAUGAACGGGUGAAGGAUCUGCUAUCGACUGAUGCAGGGCACUCUUUAAGGGUCCGGGAGCAUCCAAAAUUGGGACCAUAUGUACAGGAUCUGUCCAAGCACUUGGUGUCUGAUUAUGAUGAUAUACAGGAAUGCAUGCACAGAGGCAAUUUACAGCGCACCACAGCGUCUACACAGAUGAAUGACGUGUCGUCUCGUUCGCACGCAAUUUUUACGAUCACGUUCGUGCAAGCGAGCUACCUUCGUCACAAUAAUAUGCCCAGCGAGACGGUUUCUAAAGUCCAUCUUGUCGAUUUAGCCGGAAGUGAAAGGGCGGAUGCCACAGGUGCAACUGGCCAACGGUUAGUCGAAGGUGCCCACAUCAACAAAUCUCUGGUCACGCUUGGCUCUGUCAUUUCUGCGUUAGCCGAAUCCAGCCAACCCGUCGAUAAUCGGACACCGAAGAAGAAGGUGUUUAUUCCAUACCGUGACUCCGUCCUCACUUGGUUACUUAAAGAUUCUUUGGGUGGGAAUUCUAAGACGAUAAUGAUUGCAGCUAUAUCGCCAGCUGAUUGUAACUAUGGGGAGACACUUUCCACUCUCCGUUACGCGAAUAGAGCCAAGAACAUCAUCAACAAACCCACCAUCAACGAGGAUCCGAACGUCAAACUUAUCAGAGAACUCAGAGAGGAAAUUGAGAAACUGCGCGCACAGAUAUCGCACAAUACGGUACCUGUAGAGACCGAAGCGGGAGUUCUAGCGACGCUCCAGCGAAAGGAAGCACAAGAGAAAGUGUUAACUGAGAAGUGGACAGAAAAAUGGCGAGAAACGCAACAAAUUUUGCACGAACAGAAAGCUUUGGGUCUACGGAAGAGCGGAUUGGGCGUGGUUUUGGAUUCGGAUAUGCCUCAUCUUGUUGGCAUUGACGAUAAUCUGCUCUCUACUGGUGUUACCUUGUACCAUCUUAAGGAAGGAGAAACAGUAAUAGGUAGUGAGGAGUUCAGCCCAACUCCGGAUAUAGUGCUGAGCGGGGCGGGAGUGUUGCCAUUGCACUGCAAGGUGACCCUCCACGAAGGUGUUGCCACCAUCGAGCCAGCUUCUGGAGCUCAGUGCUGGCUCAACACUGUGUUACUGGAUAAACCGGCUAAGCUUAGCCAAGGUUGUAUCUUACUCCUGGGUCGUACAAACAUGUUUCGCUACAACGACCCAGCUGAAGCAGCAAAACUUCGCCAAGAGGGCAGCGCUUCUAUGAUGAAUCUCUCCAGGCUGUCUCUUCUUUCGUGGUCUACCACCGAUCUGGCAGCCAGUACUGAAAAUCUCAAUAAUACUCUAUCUGACUUGGAAAGCGAGAUCCGUUGUGAGCGUAUAUCGGCCCAGCGAGCAGAGUUGGAGAGAGAGAGACAGCAAUUCGUGCUUCAACAGCAGGAGAGACAGAGACGGUGGCAUGCCGAACGGGAGGAGCUUCUUAAAGCCCAAAAACAACUCGAUGAGGAACGUUCAGCAAUGGAGCGUGAAUAUGCAGCGGCGUGUAGGCGUUUGUCAGGUGAUUGGCGUGCGUUGGAACGCGGGUGGACUUUACGUAGACGUGCGUUGAGAUGCCGGCAGAGAGAGUUAAACGCGCGUGUUCAUAGACACGCAGCUGCGGGACGCGCUGCGCGUGCGCAGAUUGAAAAGGAGGAGGUUAUCAUCACGGAUCUGGAGGGCCGGCUGGGGGGGAAAAGGAGGGAAUUGGAAGACUAUGUAGCGAAACAUGUCAAGGAACUUGUCUCCCAAGGAUACAUGAUCGAUGAGAAUUUGUCUCCGAGCCCAGAGAGUCCAGCGUCAGAAACAUCAACGGAGUGUCUGAUGCAUCUCCUGCAGCAAUGCGAACCAAAGACUGCGCAUAAUAUUAAAGAAACUGUCGAAAGACAUAAAAAAGAGUUGGAAACUCUGGAACAGGAGUUGCAGGGCAGAGUGGCGUCUGUGGCUGCUCAAAGGGUCAAGGUCGAGAGGCUUCAGGCUGAGUUGGCCUUACUUGCAGCGAGGGAAAGGGGCAUCACCAGGGCUCUGGCCGAACAAGAAGACGGUGACAGCGACACCUCACCUUUGGAGGGAGUAAAGCGUUGUAAAUCUGAGCUGGUCUUGAGGACCAGAGAUGAUGACCCACCCGAACCUCUGUCGGCUGAUGAGAGGGAACACUACCGGGCGAGACGGCUUAGCCUCAGUCUAAGCCUAGACCCCCUCCCGUCAAUAACCUCCCCUGACACGUUCCACACGGCGAGUUCAUCUCCGAAAGCGAUUCCGUCGGAAUCGGACCUGCCGAGCCCCUCUACCACGGAAGCGUCGGCGCUCCCCAGCGAGAGCGAGCCCCUACCACGAUUUCGUCUUGGACACACAGCUGACGAUAGCGACGACAUGUCCAGUACUGAGGAUUAUCAUAAGCCAAGCCGCGUAGUGGAAGGUCAGUCGUCCAGUUCUGUAGAACGAUCGCCUGAAGAAAGGCACCAAAGGUCUAAAUAUAGAAGAAGAAUAGGCGAACGUCGCGGUCGUCAAGUGACGGAAGCGGAGGCGUUACGUGCGAUGCAACGCCUUUGUUCGCGAAUAGCCUCGCAGAAGAUGCUCGUCAUCUCAUCGCUGGAGAACGAUUGUUCCAAGGAGGACCUCAAUGGACAGAUACAGGUGUUACAAGAACUUCAAAAGAAAUACGUUCGUCUGGAGAUGGCGCUGCAAUAUUCGUUCUUCGACAACCAGCCGAACAAGAGAACUAUUAUGGUGACUCCGAUACAGGAGACUCCAUCUCUUACGUUGAGUGAGAGUGACAUGCACAUAGCCACGGAAACCGACCAAGAAAAUAAUAAUGCCUAUAUACAGGACCCGCUUUUGCAUAGGUUAAAAGAACAAGAGGCGAUAGAAGCGUCAGACAACGUGUCGACAUCAAACGAUGAACUGAGUUCGGAGCAGGCCUGGCCUGACCCCCUGCGGGCCUUGGCCCCAGACCCUCAGACUGAUGACGAAUGCGACAAUGACCGGGCGCCACUAGUUAUACCGGUAAGUGGACAAAUUUUCUUACAGGACUACACGCUAGAAGGUCUCAACCACCCAAUAGAUUUUUCUGAGGUAAUAUCGGUGCCGGGUUGGGUGACGCGGGGGGCGGGGGCGGGCACGCACCACGAGUACGAAGUGCGUAUACGUCUGGGCCCAAGGUGCGCUUGGCAGCUGCUCAGGCGAUAUCGCCGCUUCAGGGACCUCUAUCUCUUCACACGGAAACAGUACGGGGAGAAGGUAGCGACGAUACCGUUUCCCGGGCGGGCUCUUUGGUCUUCGGAGGGCUUGGCCCGUUCCCGAAGACCGCAGUUGGAGAUGUUCCUCCGUCGGCUGUUGGCGGUCUGUGCCACCGACCGUCGAUGCCCCUUACACGCGUCGCCGCUCACCCGGGACAGCCUCGUCGCGUUCUCGCCUUUCUUUAGGAAGGGCGUGUUCGAAAGCGGCAAGUGCGGCACGGGAUGAUGCCGCGCGGAGCUCGUCACUCGCGCACUGCGCUCCGACCUGCGCAGACUCGCGCACGUCGCCUUCGCUGCGCUCAUCCUGCUCGCACGCUGCGCCGCCCUGGCGCUCUACUACCUCUAUCUACGGCUCAGCCGCAGGUAGGGCCGACUUCACUUUAGGGGCUCGUGAGGGACUCGACUUGGGGGCCUGAACAGUGGCGUAGCAAAUGGGGGGCGGUCCGCACUGGGUGUCACCCCAAAAAAGGUGCUCAACUUCAUGACACAAACGAAAAAUUGCUAAAAAUUUCUUUGUCCGGGAUUCCUCUAGCAUUAUCUCAGCUCUAUGUAAAAUUCGGGGAUUCUCCGUCCCAAACUCGCGAUCUUUUAAUAAAUAAUCCAUGUCCUUAAUCAUAUAAAAUUUAUUGCCUUUUACUUUUGAUGGGGUGACACCACCAACUUCCGCGCCACUGGGUCUGAAUUACCACUAACCGAACUUUAGCGGUAUAACUUCGCGACUGCAUUUGAUUAAAAAAUAAUUAAAUGUAAGAAUUGUUUACUUCUGUAAAUUAUUAUACAUUUUGUUAGCUCUUUUACCGUUGUAAUUUGAAAAUUCGGCCUACUAUUAAUGAUUUAAGAAAUUGCCUAUCUUAUACGUAAUGCAUGAUUAUUUAAGUGACUAAAAUGUCUCUAACGUAAUGAUAAUAAAAUAAUUAAUAUUCCCCCAAAGAUUGGUCGAUGUCCCCACUUUCCUCGGUGUAGCGUAUAAGCGAGUAAUGCGGGUGCCUUUAUGUAUUGUGUUCUGUUAUUUCCACUCUUUAUGUGUCACUGUAGUGUAUGCGAGACAUUUUAAUGUCGUAGAUAAUAUUAUUAAUAGUAAAAAAAAUCACUUGCAAACUUGAAGCUACACAAUUGAAAAAUAACUAUUUCCCUAUCUAUAUACAAAACUGCUUUAAAGUAAAGAGUGGAUAAUAAUAUUUACACAAAAUCGGAUGUCCUUAACUUGAUUUGACUUUACCAUUCCUUUAUUAUUCCAAUUUAGUAAAUACUUUUUAUAAAUUGACGGACAACAAAUCAUUCGUUCAUUCAUUUUCGAGUGUCAAUGUCAUCACACAAGUAAAGUAUCAUUUGAAAUGAAAAGCAACAUCUUAAGUAGAAAAACUUUUAUGUCACUGUUGAGUAUUUAUUAAUUAUUACAGUAUUGUCUUAAUAUCUACAAUUGUGUGUUGACACGUUUUCAACUUAUAAUGUGAUAUUUUGAAUGAACGAAUGAAGAUAUCCAACCAUUCGCCAAGCAAUGGAGAUGUCAUUAAUUGUAUUAAAGACUUAGUUAAUUUAUUUAUUAGGAAUACCUUUAAGGAGUGUUCUGUAUAUUUGAGGUUCAAGUCUUCCUUUAGUCUUGUUUUGUAUCAAUUGGGGACAAUCCUUUGAGAAGAAUGCGUAGCAUCUCUUUUACGUAUUUAUAUUUAGAAAGAGAUGAAGAAAUUUACUUGAAGAAUCUAGAUUAUACGAAAGUAUGAUUGUGUCUUUUGGGACUGUAGAUUCAUGGAAGAUGGUAUAAAGCACCCAAAUUUAGUAUAUUUUUGCAUGUGACGAGCUCUGGAAAUGUUAUCUGUAGGUAGGAAAUAAUAAAUACACUAGAUUUUAUCUCAUUGUAACUAACAUGUCACGAAACUGUAUUUUUGUAGUUCUUUCUUGAUCUUAGGCCUCUGAUCAUAUUGUUGUGCGGUUUAAGUAACUAUAGCCGAGCUUUAUGAUUGCUGAUGGUUUUGAUAGAUUUUUGCAUACUAUCUAAAUAAAUUCCUUUUUCACUGCUUAAUUUCACAAGAAACAAAUGAGCACUAUGUUUUGAAACUUCAUAUUCAUAUUUCAAAUUAUUUGCGUUUGAUUUUUGUGUUAUGGUUGUGAUUUUUGUUUAAGUUUUCUACGAAUAUGCACGAUUUGAAGUUCCAAGUGACAAUACAGAUCUUGAAUAUUUAAAAUAAAUAUGUAAUAUAAAAAAUACUAUUUAUCAAUUUAUGCUAAGAACCCUGAUCUUAUAUUGUAUUAAGUUGUCAUGUUCACUUUUUUAUGCGUAGAAUAUGUACUUACUCUACUUUUGAACAAUUAAUAUUUUAUAUAUUUCUACAAUUAUUUCUUGUAAUGUAGCUGAGUAAUGGUACAAAAUGUCUAUUGUAUUGUUAGACGAGAAUUUUUGCUAAUUGCAUUUGGGCGCGAAUUAAUUCCUACAAAUUUGUGAGUAGCUGGCGUCAGUAAAGGGCAUUCAGCCGCUAACGAGAUCUUACCAACUUAUGAAAUACGACGAUUUAGCAAUCUUUUAAAUGUUUUAAACAUUGCUGGUUUUUUUGUCUGUUCAAUGUUAUGCAGAAAUUCUUGUCUAAUAAAACAGAUAUAGUAGAUUUCAUUAAUUCAGUAUUGUCUAAUUAGUUGUGUUCAAAUUUACAAAUAUUUAUUUAACAAAUGGCUUAUAAAGAUAAAUGGCCUUGUAGAUAGAUAAAAAUAUCGAAUUUAAGAAAAUUAUAGUGAGUUAAUACAUUCUUAGAUAUAUUUUGUCUAUGAUAUCAAAAAACGUAGAAACUAACUUCAUGUCAUGUGAUCACCAGAUUGAUAUUUUAGUAUUUAUCGAUUGUAUACCAAUUUGUGUUUAAUGCUUUAGUACAAAAUGCACUUGGCACAUUUAUUUAUUACAUUUACAGUUUUAAUAAGACUGGGAAGAGAAGAUUUUUGGUCCACAGCUGGUAUUAUUAAAUAUUUAUUAAAAGCUUUGGGAUAUAAUAUUGUAACAUGAUAAUUAACCUUACUUAUUUUAUAAUUAGACAAAAAUCAAUUAGAUCUAAAUACAAUAUAUAAAUAUCCCAAAGUCUUAUGGUGUAUUUACACCAACUUGCAAUAUAGUAUAUAAGAAUAUGCAUUUUUUCUUUUUUUAAUCAAUUUUUGUCUCGAAACGGAUUUUUUAAUUACUAGCUAUAGUUUUUGUUUUUCUUUAAUUGUUGCCUCUUAUUUAGAAAAGUGUUCUUUUUAUUGCAUAAUACAUAUUUAUAGUUUUAGGAACAUAGUUUUAAGAAGUUGCUGGUUGAUCCUCUGUCAUAAAAAUUAAUUGUUGAAAAAAUAUUGGCGUUGAAAUGUAGUUAUUAAAAUAAUUACUCUAUGUAUGAUUGCCUUCACAAAUAGAGGUCUAUUUAUGUAAUAUCUAAAUGUAUAUGGUGCUGGUAGAAGUUAACCAGCUAACAAUUACUUUUGUUAAGAACAAUAAAAAGGAAUGUUUUACA